AAUUCCAUCUCCAUUCCCAUUGCGACGAAGAAAGCCCUUGACGACGCUAUCGAUACUAUUGAACGGCAGCCACGGCAUCGCUGUGGCCUGGACCGGGCGGCAUCGGCAUCCACGGCUGACCGGUAUUGGUACAGGCUUAGGCAAACAGUUGCUCCUGCUGCUGCUGAUAUCACAGGCUGCAGGCCAAGAUGUUGCUGCUGCAACAGCAACAACAACAACAACAGCAACACAAAGGACAACAACAACAACAGUCACAGCGAAGACAGAGCACGCUGGGCUAUCCCGUGGCGCUGCUAGUAGCAGCAAUGGCACAUACAACCAAACUAAUAGUAUUCCAACCGGCAUCGGCCAUAACGAUAGCCUCGCCCAUACUCACUCCGCCCACAAUGCCAGUGACGCCAGCCACGAGGGUGGGUAUGAGGAGCCUGAGGGCACGAAUACUGAGCAGAUGCUGCCACAGAUUCCGUCGUAUAUACGCACAACCGCCAUGUGCUUCUGCAUAGCCAUCAUGCUGCUAGGAGUUGUGGGCAAUGUGAUGGUGCCCAUUGUGAUUGUUAAAACAAAGGAUAUGCGCAACUCCACAAACAUAUUUCUAACCAAUCUUAGUAUUGCCGACUUGUUGGUCCUUCUAGUCUGUACUCCCACGGUCCUUGUGGAGGUUAACACACGCCCCGAAACUUGGGUUUUGGGCCAUGAGAUGUGCAAAGCUGUGCCCUUUGUAGAGCUAACUGUAGCCCAUGCCAGUGUCUUGACCAUCUUGGCUAUCUCAUUCGAGCGCUAUUACGCAAUCUGCGAGCCAUUAAAGGCCGGCUAUGUCUGUACCAAGGGGCGGGCCAUACUCAUCUGUGUCCUAGCCUGGGGCAUAGCUGCGCUUUUCACGAGUCCCAUACUGUGGGUAGCCGAAUACAAGAUGGCCGAAUAUAUUGAUGGAUCAUUGGUGGCCGUUUGCCUCACCCAGGCCAUUACGGAUUGGACGAUUGCGUUCUUUCUGAUGACUAUAUCGGUGUUCUUUAUAUUACCGUUUCUAACCCUCCUCAUACUGUACAGCAUCAUUGCCAAGAACCUCAUCUCGAAUCAGGGAUCCAUGCUGCGUGCCCGUCCCACCAAACCGGAACUGAGCCUGAAAGCUCGCAAGCAAGUAGUCCUUAUGCUUGGCGCCGUUGUUCUCUCAUUUUUUGUCUGCUUGCUGCCAUUUCGUGUACUUACGCUCUGGAUCAUAUUGAGCACGGACCAAACACUGCACGACAUUGGCCUGACGCGUUACUAUAGUCUGCUUUACUUUUGUCGCAUCAUGCUAUACCUCAAUUCAGCCAUGAACCCCAUACUAUAUAAUCUGAUGUCAACGAAAUUUCGCAAGGGUUUCGCCCGUCUCUGUCACGACGCUGGCCGAAUGCUGCUCAGAUUACUCACGCUGGGACGCACCCAUGGACUGGGCGAUGGCAGCUCCCGGGGCCGCAGUGGCACCAUUUCUACGGGGAUGGGCACCAAUACCACUACGAAUACAAAUUCAUCGAAUGCCACCGCUGCUACCAAUUCCAGUAUUCUGUCGCGCAGCUCAAAUCGUCGCUGCAGCGAGGACAUUAGCCGCACACGAUUAAAGAUUGAACUGCAGAUGCCAUGCGGAAGCGAUCUGGAGGUCAUGGCCAUGCUCCACAAUUCGGCGAUGCCGCAAACGGCAAUGGAUAGACGUCGUCGUGAGAGUGAUAGCCAGCUGCUGGCACUGAGAUUGGAGCCGAAGAGUGCCAAGUCGCGUCGACAUAAGCAGCAAAUCAGUUUCGAUGAGGAAACUAUGGCUAAAGGCAGGACCAAUCUCAACGAGAGUGCGAGAUGAGCCAAUGAAUGGGACGAGAAGGGCGUGAAAAAUCGCUUGUAACUCGUUUACACAUUCGCUUCACUUAACUGGAAUGUAUUGAAGUUGAUGGCUCCUGCUCCUUUGCUGUGUAUACCGUAGUGAAAUUGUGUUUUAAGCGCCUUUUUUGCAAGCAUAAUCGAUUUCAUUCAUCCGUUGACAGCCAUCUAGAGUUGCUUCUGCUACAGCCAAAUGUCGGUCUUGCUCCUUGGACAUAUCCGCACAAAAAACAAUCAAUUUUUCGGGCUAUUAAACUCGAAUGAAUGUGCCAAAGAUAAAUAACAGCAACGACAGCCGAACAACCCAGAAAACACUACAAUAAACUCCAACUACAACUACAACUACUGGCCACUGACACAACGGGUGGUGCAAGGGGGGCAGGAGGCAAGUCAAGGAAUGUGGCAGUCAUGAUCCAGGCAAGGCCUCCAUUAAACGUUUGGCGCAUAUACAUACAUACAUAUAGCAAAUGGAAAUGGCUUAAUAUGCGUUUGGGAACCCCAUCAAGGCAUCGGAUAAACAUGAUUUAGGUGUAUUGAAAUAGUUUCUUUUUUUCGAUUUGGGACCUAGCCAUUACACGAGCGGCCAUAACAAAAACGAAAAAGCCAGAAAACUGGUCUAACUUUGGCCACGCCGAAGUUUUUAUACUCUUGCAAAUUGCUAUUCAAAUUAAGCAACUGAUCUAGGGAUAUGAGUUUGACAAAAUUUGAUCCCUCAAAUAUGCUUUA